UAAUCCUUGUCCAUUGCCUCCUUCCUUCUCCAUUUUCCCGGUAACUCAAAGACGACGAUUAGUCUGUCGUGUUUUCCUCCUCCUCCUCUUAUGUGGUUCUUCUUAAAUUAUUUAUUCGAUGUUUAUAAAAAUAUAUACUCAUUCAUUUUGAGGUUUAUAUUUUCUUCAAACCUAUGUUUUUUAAAUUUAUCAGAUUAGAUUCAAAUUAUUGAUUCGUAGUUAGUUAAAAGGUUGAUUGGUAGAUACCGCUUUUGGGUUAAUUUCCUCUCAAAACACCUAUACAUUCACGUUUUUAAUGAUCACCUCUUGCAUGCAACGCAUCACGUAAUCGAGCUAGGUAUGCAUGGAGUUCAAUUAAAUUCCAUUCCUCAACACAUUUAUGUUGUGUAAAUAGGGAAAAACAUUCUUUUUGUCCAUAGAUAUAAGUUGUAGAAUUCCGAGACUUUCUUGUUUUUUUUUUUUACUUUCUAAAUCCGUCCAUCAGAAUUUCUGGCUCAGCGGUUGCAUGCAAUGCAUUGGUGGCAGAGCGCAUUCUCAUCUUCUUCCUCGCGGGCCUCUUCCACCAGAAAAGUACAUUCCGACGAUAGCGUCAUCGUCACGCGCGGAAGCAGACGGUGCAUCCUGAAAGCAGCUCUCUUCGGCAGCCGUAGUGUUAGCCGUAGCCGCCAUAAUAUAUCCCGUAGGAAGAAGCACCAGCACCUUGCUGGGAAUCACAACGACGUUGUAGAUGAAUGGCGUUCUCAAUGUUCGUACGAGCAUUCACCGGGCAGGGGUUCCUCGGAGGUUCGUCCGCCGCCUCAGCCCCUCCCUUUGCCGGACUUAAAGGUGCUGCUCCGUCAAGACCCUAAUUUCGUUCACGCCCCAAGUGUCCCAUUGCCAUCGCCUAGAGAAGGAAUUUCGCAUCAUAAUGUUGGAGACGAAACAGAGAGGGAAAAAGAAAGAGAAGCGGUGGAUGUUUUUAACGGUGACGCCCAUAAUAGUGGUGGAACAACACGAGAAGGUAGACUAUUAAGCCAAGAUGGUCGAAAGAGAACAGAGCUGUCCAGGAAAUCACCACCUCAGAAGUUGCUUGUGCCAGAAAGAAUUGCUCCUGAUUUUUGGACAAGUGCUCCAACUAGUCCUUAUGCAAGUCCGGCGCGUAGCCAACUGAAAAGUGGUGAUUUUAUAAUUAGUCCUCUUUUCAUCACACCCCCUGGUGUUUUCCAAGUUUGGUCUGCCCCUGAAAUGCCUCCUUCAGAUACCCUUCAUGGUUUAGGAUUCUAUUAUAACAAAGCUUUUAGUGUUGAUAAUUCUCCUCUUCAUAGUCCAAGAUUAAGUCCUCAGCCAAGAUCCAAGAGUCCAAGUGGGCCUGCUUCACCUUUGCAUCAUCCACCACCAAAUGAUCAGAGCUCAAUGGCACGUCGUGAGAAUUGUGCUCAAGGCAAUGUCCAUCCUUUACCCCUUCCUCCUCUAGCUAUCCCUCCCGUUUCACCACCUACUCCAAAAACAGAUAUAACACCUGUUAAAGGCCAAUGGAAAAAAGGAAAGCUUAUUGGACGUGGGACAUUUGGAAGUGUUUACGUAGCAUCAAACAGAGAGACAGGAGCUUUAUGUGCGAUGAAAGAAGUUGAAUUAUUACCAGAUGAUCCAAAAUCUGCUGAGUCUAUAAGGCAAUUAGAACAGGAAAUUAAAGUUCUCAGCCAGCUCAAGCACCCAAAUAUUGUCCAGUAUUAUGGCAGUGAAAUAGUUGAUGACCGGUUUUACAUUUAUUUGGAAUAUGUUCAUCCUGGUUCGAUAAAUAAAUUUAUCCAAGACCAUUGUGGAGCAAUUACAGAAUCUAUUGUGAGGAAUUUCACUCGCCACAUUCUCUGUGGGUUAGCUUACUUGCACAGUAAAAAGACCAUUCACAGGGACAUAAAAGGGGCUAAUUUGCUUGUUGAUGCUUACGGGGUUGUCAAGCUUGCAGACUUUGGGAUGGCUAAGCAUUUAAACGGGCACUCAGCUAACCUCUCUUUAAAAGGAAGUCCAUAUUGGAUGGCCCCUGAGCUCUUGCAAUCAGUUAUGCAGAGGGAUAAUAGUAGUGAUCUUGCCUUAGCUAUUGACAUAUGGAGUUUGGGUUGUACUAUAAUUGAGAUGUUGAAUGGAAAACCGCCUUGGAGUGAAUAUGAAGCUGCUGCAGCGAUGUUCAAGGUUCUGAAAGAUACCCCACCAAUACCUGACACAUUGUCACCAGAAGGGAAAGAUUUCUUACAUUGUUGUUUCCGUAGAAAUCCAGCAGAGAGGCCAUCAGCUAGCAUGUUGCUAGAACAUCGAUUUGUGAGACUCUCGCAUCAGCCAGAUGUUCCUUCUUUCGUCCAGCAACUUAAUGUGAUAAGAUUGACAGAAAAGUUGCAUUCUCAGAGAGAGCAGCUAAGUUAUAAACUUGAAUCAGUGCAUGUAUCAUUAGAGAGAUAACACGCAAAAGGAGCUGGCGAAGAAAUAAACAUUGCAAUCCGAAGAAUGGCAUGCUCAGAUGGUGCAAAUUGACUUUAAUGUCUGCCGACUUAAGCUUUAUGCCUGAUUAAGACAGGCCAGCAAUAACAUCAUUCAUAUUCUAACAUAAACAAUGGCAUCGCGUUAUUUUGCUCGUUCAACUCUCAUGCCCCUCCCCAGUUCAUCCUCAUUAACAGAGUGAGGCAUUCUGGGCCGACUAAUACAAGUACAUAUGCCCAUCUGGUGCGGUGGCUUGGAAGCAAGCUACCUCGGCUAUCUUCCGAAAUAGUAUUACUCAUCUUUAUUGAUGUGGUUUUCUAAGGAGAGCUUGACUAGUGAAAACAUUGCAGACCUUUAUCAUUGUGCUUCGUAGCCUGGAGGUACUCUCAUACUCUCCCUCAGCAAUUUGUAGAACUUGAGGGGAAGAUACUUGUGUAUAUCCAGGGAAAUUGCCCUGCAGACCUUGGAUCUUACAUGUAGAAUUUGUGUAUUACUAACAAAAAAUGGAGCUUCAACGACAAGUAUACAGAUGCAAUGACAGAAAUCGAAGAUAUUGAAAUGCUUUGAAA